UCUAAAAUUUUUGAUAUAUUUUGUCUAAUUCUUUUCUGAUGCAGGCAUAUUUCUUUUCUCAAUGAAGGUUAAUGGGUUGUUGGAAGAGCAGAGAGAUUUAUAUCUCCAAUGAUCCUGUUGCGGUGGCCCAAAUGCACUGCUGAAUGGUUCAGGCACAGGAAGGUUUUACCUUGGGAAGUUCCUUCUUGCCCCUACUCCUUACUCGCUGCUUCAGUUCAGCAUGACGACUCAAGCGGUGAUGAAAGGCUGAAUUGUGCUCCUGAUAAUGAGCCUAUCCGGAAACGGCGACGGUCUUUGAGCUCUGACAGUGUUGUGCAUGCACUCCGCUGCCUAAGGAGGAAGCCCACAGUUGCCUUUGCCUACUUUAAAGAUAUACAUAGCCUUGGUUUUCAGCAUGACUUCUCAACCUACUCAGAGAUCAUACAAAUUUUAUCCCAUUCAUUCCAUGGGAAGAUGCUGGUAUCCUUGUUUUGUGAGAUUCUCUCGGGAACUGGUAAUGGUGGCCCUGAAAUCUUAACACUUGUUGAUCACUUGAGAAAAACAUGUGCUACUUCUCACGUACUCUCAUAUGCAAUUAAUUGCUUAAUCAAGGCAUACACCACCAGCCAUGAUGCACAAGAAACAAUUGAGAUGUUUUGUCACCUUUGCAGGCUUGGAUUUGUUCCUACACUUUGGGCUUGCAAUUUCCUGCUCAAAUUUAUAUCUCAGAGUGGUGGUUCAAAUAUGGUUAUCAGAGCUUAUGAUCGAAUGAAGUGCUUUCAGUUGACACUAGAUACUCAGUCAUUGAAUAUAGUCACUAGGUCAUUUUUUGAAGCAAAUAAGGCAGAUGAAGCAUUCCAAGUGUGGGUUAGGAUGAUUGAAAUGGGAGUGAAACCAGAUGUACAUGGAUACUCAUCAUUUAUAAUUGGCCUUUGUGAAUGUGGAAAGUAUGAUCUAGCUUAUAACAUGGUAAGCAGAUAUGCUGUUCUUCAUGAGAUCACCCAGGAAAGGGUUGCAAUCGAGUCGAUCGCUUAUAAUAUGGUAAUUGAUGGACUAUGCAAAGAAAUGAAACUGGAGGAGGCUGAAAAUGUCUUGGAGAUCAAGACCAGACAUGGAUCUACCCUUGAUCUAUAUGGUUAUAGCUAUCUCAUUUGUAGUUAUUGCAAAAUGGGUAACCUAGGAAAGGCAUGGUAUCAUAUUGAAGCCAUGGUAUCCCAUGGCAUUGAGGUAAAUUGUUAUAUCAUUGGUUACCUUCUACAGUGCCUCAAGAAGCUAGGCAUGGUAUCUGAAGUUAUUGAUCACUUCCAGAAAUUUAGAGAUUUAGGACUCCAUCUCGACGGUGUGCUUUAUAAUAUUACUAUGGAUGCUUAUUGCAAGCUUGGGAACAUGAAUGAGGCAGUUAAGCUACUGAAUGAAAUGAUGGCUGGAGGUUUGGUCCCGGACAAAAUCCACUAUACAUGCCUGAUCAAUGGUUACUGUCUGAAAGGAGAAACAGAAAAUGCCUGGCAAGUAUUUGAGAAGAUGCUGAAGGCAAAUAUAAAACCAGAUGUAGUUACAUAUAACAUACUGGCCGGUGGAUAUAGCAGGAUUGGCGCUGUUAUUAAUGUAUAUGACCUUCUUGAGCACAUGAUGGAUCAAGGGUUGGAGCCUAAUUCACUCACCUAUGGUAUAGCUAUUGCUUGUUUUGUAGAGGAGGCAACUUAAGUGAAGCAGAGGUAUUAUUUAAUAUAGUAGAAGAAAAAGGGAUAGAUAAUAUUGAAGUGCUGUACAGUUCUAUGGUUUGUGGUUAUUUGCACUCGGGCUGGACUGCCAUGCUUACA